AUGUCCAAGAGAGACAAUGAGGGCGACGUGCUCGCAAAUAGACUCAGCCUGGGGCUUGCGAAGAACCAGAAGCUGCUAGCAUCAUGGAUGGGCACACAGCCAGAUGCACAACCAACAAAUGACAUCGUUAAAACUGAAGAAGAAGAUCAUGAGCUGAAGCAAGAUUUCUUUGGCCACGACCGGCUUGGCGUUGGCGGCGUAUUACCCAACGAGAUCGCAGAUGGAAGCUUUACUAGGCGAACCAUCACAUCAAAUGACAAACUUCUGGAGCAACUGAUUGGAAAGAAGAAAGCAAAAGCUCACAUAGCUGCAAAGCUUCAAGCUGAGAGAUCUGGUGCCCAGCCACAGUCUAGGCCUGGCAAAAGAGAGGUUGCCAAAAAGGAGGAGAGCGAUGAUGAAGAGGAGGGACGAGCGGCCACGUUCAAGUCGAAAAGGAGGAAAGUUGCAAAGACCAAUCCUGUUCCUGCAUCAGACGACGAGGGCGAUCUGGAGCAAGACGCCUUGAAAGAAGCAGCACAAGACAAGCCCAUCCAAGGCGAAGUGCAACCGCAACCAACAGAAGAACUACUGCCUACCAAGAAGUUCUACGACGACGUCGAACUGGAACCUGUUGUCAAGAAGAAAAAGGCAAUCCCAAGCAGAGGCAAAGCAAAACCAACCAGCUAUCUCGACGAACUGCUAGCCGAGCGUUCGAAAAAGAAGCAAAACAAGAACAAGAACAAAACUACCACGGAGGUAUGA